AUGGGAACAAGUGCCUCCCUUUUGGUUUGUCAAUCACUGUCUUCAGUUAAAAUUAAGCCAGGCACAAAUAAAGUGGCACCAGAUUUCCAGCUCACCAAGAGGAGAAACAACUUUGGUGUUCCCCUUGAGACUCUUGCACAAGAGGCAACACAAUGCCAAGUUCCUUUUGUUGUGAGACAGAUGGUGGAAUACCUAGAAAUGUUUGGCCUGGAUCACGUAGGUUUAUUUCGAAUCAGUGGCUCAGUGAACAAAAUCAAAGCAUUGAAGCGGAAGUAUGAUCAAGGUGAAAAAGUGGACCUCAUUAAUGAUGGUGACAUAGAUUCUGUUGCAAGCCUCUUUAAACUUUUCCUCAAGGAGCUUCCAGUGGCUGUUUUCCCAGACAACUUACAUGCUAACCUUCUUAAAACCUUUGAAGAUAAUAAGAACCACAUGGCUGAGUGUACACGAUGUCUGAAAAGCUUAUUAAGCAGCUUUCCUAAGGCCCACUACAGCCUUUUCCAGUUCCUCUCUACCUUUCUGUUGAAGGUGGCAUCACACAGUGAAAUGAACCACAUGACCUUGGAAAACCUCGCCAUUGUAUUUGGGCCCACCCUUUUCCAAAUUCCUUUCAGUCCUUUGGCUCAUGAAAAACAAAUGCUUUGUAAUGCACUCCUGCUGUAUUUGCUCCAGAACCAUGAGAUGCUAUUUGCAGACUCUGACAGCCAUUUCUCAUUGACACAAGCAGACAACACUGAGAAAAACAACCUAGAAGACGCAGAAAGAACCAGUUGCAAGUUAAGCAUUCAGGAUCAUUCCUUCAACAAUACAGCUUUAGCAGAGUGUGACGAGGAUACAGAGUCUGUACAUGAAGACCAAGCAGCAAACUCCAUCCACAGAGAUGAAAACAACAAAGAAAACUAUCCCAACAACACUACAGUCUUAGAGGACAGCCAGCCAGCAUUACGAGAUACCCAGCAGCACGUGGAACAGACAGCUCAUGACUGCACACUACGGGUUGGAAUGGGCAACUUAAAAUUAAGAAAGCCCAAAUCCAUUGCAAAACUAGAAAAUGGGAAAAACCAUGAAGAAAGUCAGGAGAUGGAGAAUGCAUUGCCAGGAUUCUCAGAAUGUCAGGGGAAAACAGGAAUGUCCGCUAAUGACUACACCCAGAAUGUGGCUUUCAGAUGCCAGGAAACAGUCGUGAGACUUCAACCAAGAAUAGAUCAGUGCACAUUUCUUUCACCAAAGGAACCUACUGAACAACUGCAGAAUUUAAAUGAGGAAGAAACUCCUCAGCUGCAGGCUUUCAAGGAUCCUCCAGCCCCUUCAUCAAUUCAAUCCAGUGUGCAAACUGAUGGGGCUAGUUGUGGAGAGCAAUGUCACUUCAUUUCUCCUAUUAUUGAUUUUAAUUUAAUGCAUCAGCAGAGAGAUAGUGAAGAGCCUGUAGCAGCCCAUAGAGACUGGCAGAGUGACGCAGACAACGGCUCAGAAGACCAUCACUCCUUAGGGACCAGUAGACUACUAUAUCAUAUUACUGAUGGAGAUAAUCCCCUUCUGUCACCACGCUGCUCAAUCUUUAGUCAAAGCCAGAGAUUUAAUUUAGACACAGAGUCGGCCCCUUCCCCACCAAGUGCUCAACCUUUCAUGAUGCCCAGAAGUUCUUCCAGGUGUAAUUGUGAGGACUGCAAAGAACCGCAGACAGUAAUGCAACUUACCAAACAUCUUCAAAGUCUCAAGAGAAAAAUCAGGAAGUUUGAAGAAAAGUUUGAACAAGAAAAAAAAUAUCGGCCUUCACAUGGUGACAAAACUUCCAAUCCUGAAGUCCUGAAAUGGAUGAAUGACUUGGCUAAAGGUCGUAAACAGCUCAAAGAGCUUAAACUCAAAAUGUCAGAAGAGCAAAAUUGUACCCCUAAAGCACCCAAAAGAAUUGUGCAGCAUGAGAGCACUGGAAUAUACAAGGAGACCAGGAAGCAAGAAGCAGCAAGUAUUGAACCAAAUCCAUCCGUCGAAGAAACCAUGGAUACCGUAAUGAAGCGAUUAAAGGAGAAAAGACAACAGCUUAACCUCCCUGAGACUAUAAAGGAAAUGACAAAAAAGCAAAUGGCUUUGGAAAAAAUCAGUCUUCAGAAAUGUCUGCUAUAUUUUGAGAAUAUUCAUGGACGACCUGUAACUAAACAAGAGAGGAGUAUUAUGAAGCCUCUUUAUGACAGAUACAGAAUUAUCAAGCAACUUCUCUCAACACCAUCUUUGAUUACAACAAUUCAGGAGGAAGAAGAUUCAGAUGAAGACCAUUCUCAAAGCAGCCAUGAAUCAUCAUCCAGUCCGGCAUCUAACCUUCCUGUAGAUGACCAUCUGUAUUGCUCAGAUGAGGAGAAUGAGCCUGCAAUUGUUUCACCUCUGGAUGAAAAAAAGGCAAUCAAACAAUCAGCCCUAUCUCUGUCCAAUUUACAUGAGGCCACAAUGCCUGUGCUACUUGAACAUCUCAGAGAAACAAGAGCUGACAAGAAAAGGCUUCGCAAAGCUCUGAGAGAAUUUGAGGAACAGUUCUUUAAACAAACAGGAAGGAGUCCGCAAAAGGAAGAUCGCAUCCCCAUGGCUGAAGAGUACUCUGAAUAUAAGCACACAAAAGCCAAACUCAGGCUCUUAGAGGUUCUCAUCAGUAAGCACGAUGUCUCUAAAACAAUUUGA